GAUUGACUACAGGGUUAGGGUUAGAGUUAUGGGUCAGGGUUAUGGAGAGGCUUAGGGUUAUGACGGGAUGUGGACAUGAAGUUAGGGUUAUGGCUACAUUUAGGGUUCGGGUUGUGGUUGAGGCUACACUGUAAAAAUAGGUCUCAAAACACCAUGAUUGUGUAAUGAAACCAUGAAAAUUAGUGCACCUAAAAAGAGAUUAGGGUCCACACUUGAGUACACACUGUGCCUUUAAGAGAUAUUGAUAGUGCACUGAGGAUGAUGGCUAGAAGGGAUCCAGCUUUUGUCAAAUGAACAAAAAGUUGAAAUGUUUAGCAUUUUAGAUAACCCUAAACCUUUUCCUAACCUAAUUCUCAUAACCUGCUAUGUUAAUUACCCUAACCUGCUGCAUAAAUUAUCCUAACCUGCCACCAAAAGUGAAAUCAGGGGCGUUGAUUUGGCAAAAGCUGGAUCCCUUCUAGCCAUGACCAGAGAAGUGCGCAAUGCCUUCUAAGUGAAAGUGAAAGUAUCCCAAUUUCACUCAACUAUUGACUGCAAAAAGUUGAAGUAUUAAGUUAAACAGCCAGAGCCUUUGGUAUCGUCAGCUUUCCAUACACUGGGUGAGAGACCACGCUCCACUGUCGACUGCAUAAAGUUGAAGAAUUAAGGAGACUGGUGUUAAAGAAACAACGGUGACCAAACACCAUCACACCAUGGAAAACGACACAGAUGAUUACGUUUACCAACCUGACGAUGACUAUUACCUCUCUGACGAUGACCAAUACCGCCCUGAAUCAGAGGACAUUGUAGCGUCAGUGCUUCUUCUCCUUGGUAUUUUCCCAAUCCUCCCUGUCCUUGGUUGGAUUAUCCUGUCCUUCUAUCGUAAGCGCUGGGACAGAAAACAUGUCUCACCCUUUCUCGUGUCCCUCCUUAUCACUGACACUCUGCAGCUGAUCGCUUCCCCUUUCGUUGUGGAAACUGUGCUAACCGGGGUUCCCUGUUGGCAUGCUAGUUGGUGGUGCACUACAGUAUACAUACUGUUUUCAGUGUCAAAAUUCUGCGGCCUGCUUUUUCACCUGCUGGUUGCUCUGGACAAGAUUUAUCCAAACUUUCUUUUCACUUUCAUCGCAUUGUUCUUCGUGUACCUUUUAGCGUGUCCCGUCUACAUUGGCUUUACAAUUAUUGUAAAUGUGGUUUAUAUUAAUGACUUACAUUUCUAUGGUUGGAAUACUUUCUUUGGCGUGGUUGCUUUGAUCUUAGCAGCUGCAGCAUGUGUGAGAGCCCUCAAACCCUUGCCAACAUCGAACCCCACUAAAGAUAAAUGUCAGGUAUUAGCAGUGGCCAUGUUUACUUUUAUGAUACUCUAUGUUCCUGAGUUCCUCUACUGGAUAAUACAACACCACAAACCUGCUUGGACGGGGGGGUUUAGUUAUGUUGUCCACUACCUGCCGUGCCUGAGACCCAUCACUGACUGUGUCCUGUGUUGGUUUGUCUGUGUAGACGGGGAGCGUCCUAGAGAGCAGCAACCGACAGACGUAGAACUCAUUCCACCUAUCCUCGAUUCCUCUCAUUCUGUCACCUCGCCUUCUCAAAACACAUUGGAGGAGAAGGACCAUGGAGAGGGACCUCCAAUACGGGAGGAUGCAAGGAAUCAAGGAAAGAUACAUUGAGAUAAAGCCUAGUACUUAGGGCUAAUAAUCAUAUAUAUAUAUUUUUAUUUAACGAAGCAAGUCAGUUAAGAACAAAUUCUUAUUUACAAUGACGGCCUACACCGGCCAAACUCGGACGCCGCCCUAUGGGACUCCCAAUCACAGCCAGUUGGGAUACAGCCUGGAAUCGAACCAGAGUGUCUGUAGUGAUGCCUCUAGCACUGAGAUGCAGUGCCUUAGACCGCUCCGCCACUUGGGAGCCCGAGUGAAGUAGCGGAGGCUGGUGGGAGGAGCUAUAGGAGGACUCAGCCUUCCCUGUGGCUCAGUUGGUAGAGCACAGUGUUUGCAACGCCAGCAUGGUGUGUGCAACGCCAGGGUUGUGGGUUCGAUUCCCACGGGGGGCCAGUACAAAAAAAAUAAAAACAUGUUUUUUUUUUAAAUGCAUGAAAUGAAAUGUAUGUAUUCACUACUGUAAGUAGUCUGCUAAAUGACUAAAAUGUAAAUGUAAUGUAAAUGUAAUGACUGAAAUGGAAUGAAUAGAACAGAGUCAAAUAUGUGGUUUCCAUAGGUUUGAUGUGUUUGAUACUGUUCCAUUAAUUCCAUUCCAGCCAUUACAAUGAGCCCGUUCUCCAGCCUCCACUGAUAUGAAGUAGUAAAAAAGUCUCACUCCAGUAGACAGCUAAAGAGUAAUUUGGAGGGUGAAUUUGGAGGGAUAAGGGGGAGAAUUAGAAAUGGAUGAUAACUGUGUAAAAUACGUAAAAAAACCCUGUUAAAUAUUAAAAUUACUUGUUUGUCAUCCUCAUUGAUUGGCCAAUGACAGUUAUCCUAUUCACACUUUGAAAUUUGGAUGUUGUUCGUCCUUUUUUUUAUAAUCAUUUUUUAUAUUGUAAUCACAUUUUAAUGUUCAAAUUACCAUAACCUCCCACAACAAUGACCAUAAUUCAUUCAACUUCUGUUGAUCAGUUAUAUCUUUUAUUAAAUGAUUUGGAACAUA